AUGGCUGCAGCUGCGACAAAGCCGGACCCGGCGACGGUCCUGGAUGAGCUCAAGCCUCCCUCCGGGGUCGUUCUGCCGCCACGCGAGAUUCGCAACAUCUUGGAAAAGACGGCCGGCUACGUCGCGCGAAACGGCGCCGUGUUCGAGGAGCGCAUCAGGGACAAGGAGGCACAAAACCCAAAGUUCAGCUUUCUGAACCCGGCCGACGCUUACUUCGCCUUUUACGAAUGGAGGCUGAGCGAGAUCAAGGCCGGACGGGGUACCGACAUUGCGGCUGGCAGAGCCGGCGAAGCGCCAGCCGAGCCUGAAAAGCCCAAAGGUCCCCCCAAGCCUCCCGAUUUCCAGUUCUCCGCUCGCAUGCCGCGCAUCAACCAAAAGGACCUCGAGGUCAUUCGUCUUACGGCCCUCUUUGUCGCGAAAAAUGGCCGGCAGUUCAUGACGCAGCUUGCCCAGCGCGAGACGGCCAACCCGCAGUUUCAGUUUCUGAUACCCAACCACACCUUUCACAUCUUUUUCCAACACCUGGUCGACCAGUAUACGGCGUUGAUAAGAGCCGCCGGCGCCGACGGCGAGGGCGGGAAGCUCCAGGCCGAACUGACGGCCGAGCUGGAGCAAAACAUGCAGGACAAGUACCGGGUCCUCGGCAGGGCGAAACAACGUGCCGAAUACGGCAAGUUCCAAGAGUCGGAGCGGCAAAAGAAGGAGGAGGAAGAGGAAAUGAAGAAGCAGGAAUUCGCGAGGAUUGACUGGGGAGACUUUGUUGUCGUAGAGACAAUCACCUUUAGCGAGGCGGACGAGACGGCCAACCUGCCGCCCCCGACCAACCUUUCCGAGCUGCAGUAUGCGUCCCUCGAAGACCGCAACAAGGCCUCCAUCAGCGCCAACUUGCGAAUCGAAGAGGCCUUCCCUGACGAAGACCUCAGCAACAAUGGUCUUGCCGCCGCGCCGCCAUCCACCCAGACUCUUCCCGUACACCCCGCAUAUGGCGUGCAGCAACAACAGCCUUCGCAUCCGCACCCACAGCCAGGCCAACCGGCCGCCGCUCAAGCAUAUCCCAAUGGCUCCCAGCCACAAAAAGCUGCCCAGGAUGACGAGGAGGCUCGCCGAAUUCAAGAACGUGCCGACGCUCAAGCACGCCUGCAACAAGCGCAGUCGGAAGCCAGAGGCAGCGCGCCACCAAUGAAGAUUCGAGAGAAUUAUGUACCUCGAGCGGCGCAGCGAACCAGCAGCAAGCCUGGAGCCCCGACGGCUCUUUGCCCCAACUGCAAGCAGCAAAUUCCUAUCAACGAGCUUGAGGCCCAUAUGCGAAUUGAGCUCUUGGAUCCGCGAUGGAAGGAACAGAAGGCAGCGGCAGAGUCUCGAUACACGGCAACGAUUACUGGUUCGGAAAUCGCGCAAAACCUCAAGCGCCUUGCCAGCCAGCGCAACGACGUUGUUGAUCCCUCGACUGGGCAGCCCAUCUCGGAAGAGGAACUGGCGAGGAGAAAACGAGCGGCCGUAAACCCGCCAGAGGUGCAGCAGCCAGACAGCAGGCCACACCCGGCGAACCAUCCGCAUAGCGUAAAUGUGGAGGAACAGAUUCGGGCGAUUCAUCAGAAGUUUGCGGCGGACAAGAAGUGA